GGGUGCCAAUGGCAGAUUCCCGGGGCGUCGGAUAAAAUAUUCAUUCUUAUUAUUAUUAUUUUUUUCCGGGACUUCUCGAUGCCUUUUCCUUUAUUAACUGGCGUCAUGUUACUUCCAAUGAGGGAUAAUGAGGAGCACUGGUGCAGUUAGAGUGAGUGUUGACUCCGGCUGACUAGUGAAGAACAAGAAAUUGCUCUCUCUCUCUCCGUGCUUGGAUCUCCUGUCUUUUGAUUGCUUUGGAAAUUUUAAAGAGUUGGCAUAUAGGAUGGGUAGAACAAUUGAGCUGUCUGGAUUCCCUCGUAAUGUUUCUGUGUCUGCAAUAAAGCCAUUUGUAGAGAAGAUGACUGGUGAAGAUACUGUCUAUGCUAUUAAGAUAAGGCAAGGGAAAGGUAAAUUUCCAAGGGCAUAUGCUAUCAUUCAAUUCACAGAUGCAAAGCAUGCUUCUUAUCUUACCUCCUUGCCGGAAAAAACCAUAUGGUAUGAGAAUUCCUAUCUUAAGGCUCGAGUACUGGAAAAAGAUAUCGUGCCUAAGCCAAGGACAUUUUUGCAUAGCUUGGAAGGUGUGAAACUACAUUUUGGCUGUCAGAUCUCAAAGGAAAGAUUCUAUAUUUUAUGGAAAGCGGUGACUACAGAAGUAAACUUUGGGAUUGGAAUGAGAAAGAUACAGUUCGUUCUGUCCUACAGAGGGGAGGAUUAUAAACUUGAGCUUUCCUAUGAGAACAUUUGGCAGAUUGAGCUGCAUCGUCCACACGGUGAAACUGCAGAAUAUCUUCUGAUUCAGCUACUUGGUGCUCCUCGAAUAUUUGGGAAAGAUGGACGUACUUCAGGAAGUAUAUUUGAAGAUCCUUUUCUCAACUAUUAUAAAGAUAUUUCUGAUGAUCAAUGGAUCCGAUCAACAGAUUUCACUCCUUCUGGCUGUAUUGGGCAGUCUUCUACUAUAUGUUUGCAGCUUCCUUCUCAUGGUCAUCUUCCAAAUUUCAGGGAAAACUUUGCUUACUAUAAGGAAAGUGAGAGGAAGUUCUCUUUGGAGGAAGGAUUCCCUUUUUCCAACAAUUUGAAUCUAGUCCCUAUUGUUGCUCCUCCUCAAGGAAUUGACAUACCAUAUGACAUCCUGUUCAAAGUUAACUCAUUGCUUCAGCAUGGGUGCCUUGCAGGUCCAGCGCUAGAUCGUGGCUUCUAUUGUUUGAUUGAUCCAUGUAGAAUGGAUCGUGCUUUCAUUGAACAUGCUUUAGAGAAAAUGUAUCAUUCAAAGGAAUUCUGCUUUGACCCCUCAAAGUGGAUGAGGGAUCAGUACAGGAAGUAUUGUGCAUCACAGCAUCUUUCCCACGCGCCUUCCAUAUCCUUAGAUAAUGGCUUGGUGUACGUUCGCAGGGUUCAGAUUACACCUUGUAAAGUUUAUUUCUGUGGCCCAGAGGUUAAUGUAUCCAAUCGUGUCCUUCGUCAUUUCCAUGAGUUCAUUGAUAACUUCCUGCGUGUUUCAUUUGUUGACGAGGAGUUGGAUAAACUGUUUUCAACAGAUUUAUCUCCGCGUACGUCUUCUACUGAGCGGAGAAAAACUGAGAUCUAUACAAGAAUUCUUUCUAUUCUUAGAAAUGGAAUAGUAAUUGGUGAUAAAAAGUUUGAAUUUCUAGCAUUCUCAUCAAGUCAGUUGCGGGAGAAUUCUUUAUGGAUGUUUGCUCCUACGAGAUGUGGACUCAAUGCUACUACCAUUAGAGAGUGGAUGGGAAACUUUUGCAAGAUUAGAAAUGUAGCUAAAUAUGCUGCUAGACUGGGUCAAUCUUUUGGUUCAUCUACUGAAACUUCAACUGUUGGCCGGGAUGAAAUUGAGAUUAUUCCUGAUGUGGUGGCUGAACAUGGUGGAAGUGACUACAUUUUCUCUGAUGGGAUUGGGAAGAUAUCUGCUGAAUUUGCCAGGAGAGUUGCUAAAAAAUGUGGCUAUAAAUCAUCCACUCCAUCUGCCUUUCAGAUUAGAUAUGGUGGGUACAAAGGAGUUGUGGCUGUUGACCCUACAUCAUCAGUGAAAUUAUCACUGAGGAAGAGCAUGCUCAAGUAUGACUCAGAUAAUACAAAACUAGAUGUCUUGGCAUGUAGUAAAUUUCAGCCUUCUUAUCUGAAUCGGCAGAUAAUCACUCUCUUGUCUACUCUUGGUGUCAAGGAUCAUGUCUUUGAGAAAAAACAAAAGGAAGCUGUAGACCAACUGAACUCAAUACUGACAGAUUCUUUAAAGGCACAGGAAGCUCUGGACUUGAUGUCUCCUGGGGAGAUAUCUAAUAUUCUGAAGGAGAUGCUCAUUUGCGGUUAUCAGCCUGAUGCUGAACCUUUUCUUUCAAUGAUGCUGCAAACAUUCAGGGCAUCAAAACUAUUGGAAUUGCGACGCAAAACUAGAAUUAUUGUUCCAAAUGGAAGAGCGAUGAUGGGAUGUUUAGAUGAAACAAGUACUUUGGAAUAUGGUGAGGUGUUUUUGCAAUAUUCUGAUAACAGGUUCAUGCCAUUGUCUGAUGAAUCUGUUGCAUAUGGCUCUGAGAGAUCUCAUAUAGUCACAGGUAAGGUGGUUGUUGCCAAAAAUCCAUGCUUGCAUCCCGGUGAUGUGCGUGUUUUGAAGGCUGUUGAUGUGCCAGCUCUUCAUCACAUGGUCGAUUGUGUUGUUUUCCCUCAAAAAGGAUCCAGACCUCAUCCCAAUGAGUGCUCGGGAAGUGAUCUAGAUGGAGACAUCUACUUUGUUUGUUGGGACCCUGAAUUAAUUCCACCUCGCCAAAUCGAGCCAAUGGAUUAUACUCCGGCCCAAAGUAUAGAAUUAGAUCAUGAUGUCACCAUAGAGGAGGUUGAGGAAUACUUUACCAAUUAUCUAGUGAAUGACAGUCUUGGAAUAAUUGCAAAUGCCCACACUGUCUUCGCAGAUAGAGAGCCCGAGAAAGCAAUGGCUGAAGCAUGCACUCAGCUUGCUAGGCUAUUUUCAAUUGCCGUCGACUUUCCAAAAACCGGUGUCCCAGCGGUUAUACCUCGUGAACUAUCUGUCAAAGAAUACCCAGACUUCAUGGAGAAACCUGAUAAACCCACCUACGAAUCAGCGAAUGUGAUCGGAAAGCUUUUUAGGGAAGUGAAAGAAGUUGCACCAGAAGCUAAAUCUACUCCAGCCUUUACUCGGGAAAUGGCUAGAAAGUCUUAUGACUCAGAUAUGGAAGUUGAUGGCUUUAUGGAUUAUGUUGAUGAUGCUUUCUAUUACAAAAGCAACUAUGACUUCAAGUUGGGGAAUUUGAUGGAUUACUAUGGAAUCAAGACUGAGGCUGAAAUCUUGAGUGGGAAUAUUAUGAGAAUGUCCAAAUCUUUUACCAAAAGAAGGGAUGCAGAAGCAAUUACCAUGGCUGUGAAGUCCCUGAGAAAAGAAGCUAGGACCUGGUUCAACAGCCAUGGAAGUGCAGAAGAUUAUGAGGAGGACGAUCUGAAAGCAAAAGCAUCUGCUUGGUACUAUGUUACUUAUCAUCCUAGUUAUUGGGGUUGCUACAAUGAAGGUUUGAAUAGAGAUCACUUUCUGAGCUUUGCAUGGUGUGUUUACGAUAAGCUUGUCACAAUCAAGAGGGAGAAAUCUCUUCAACGGUCUUCCUUGGAACGCAGGUUUAGCAGAGGGCUGCAUUUGUAUUGACAACCUGAACUUUUGCAUUGUAUCUCAUGGAACCUGCAGUAUUAGUUGGAGCGUUCAUAUAAGUUCUAUAGCACUGUGUGAAUAUGACUCGAAUAUAACUUUAAGUGGGUACUUGACUCACUAGAGUAUCUUCUAUAUGUAUACCAUGAUGCUUGUACUUAUGUCUAGUGGAUGAAGACAAAUUGUUCGUGCAAAUAUAUAUGGCAUGUGGUUUUCUUUCUAUA